AUGUCUUCCGACCAACCUAUCGCCACCAGGCGCCACCACUCUCCGUCACCACCACCACCUCCUCCACCACCACCCUCAUCCAAACCCAACAUCACCACCACCCUCUACCACACCCACAUCGGCAUCUUCGCCCUCACCUGGUCCCGAACCCUUUUCGGCCGCUCCCUCCACCUCCACCUCCUCCCGAACGACAACGAUAACGACGACGACAACAUCUCCACAACUUCGUCUACCCACACCCCCACCCACACCCCCUCUUUCCAUCUACAGAUAAAACCAUUGAUGUUUUGGAAGCGACACGGAUCCAAAAAGAUCCAAAUCUCUCCAAACAAAAAUGAUUUUAUUCAAAUCUUUUAUGACCUGUCCCGGGCCAAAUUCGGAUCUGGCCCAGAACCCGUGGCCGGGUUUUAUAUCGCGGCCACGGUGUCAGGACAAAUGACACUACUCAUUGGAGACUCACCUAAACAAGCCUACUCUAAAACCAAAUCCAUCCAAUCAAAUAAAUCCCAAAUAACCAUCCUUAGGCGUGAACACGUGUACGCCAUUUCCAACAAAAAGUACACCACUAAGGCCACUUUUCGCGGGAAAACCCGCGAAAUAACUAUAGACUGCACCCGUGUUGCCGGCGGAGAAGACUCUAGGUUAUACUUCUCCGUCGACAAUAAACGGGUGCUAGUUGUGAAACAUCUCCAAUGGAAAUUUCGUGGAAAUGAACGCGUCGAAAUUGACGGCGUUCAAAUUCAGAUUUCCUGGGAUGUUCACAACUGGCUAAUGGAGGAAGAAUCCGACGAUGGGUACGCGUUGUUUAUGUUUCGGUUUGAAAAGUCCGGAUUCGAUUACCACGAAGACGAUAAAUUGUUGGCCCGGUUGAAUGCUUCCGGGCCCGGGUCAGGUAUUUCCGGAUCCGGGUCGGGUUUCGGGUUCGGGUUCGAGAUGAGGAAAAUGAAGAAAGGGAUGUUGAAACGGGCGAAAAGCUCGUCGGAUUCUUCGCUUUCGUCUGCUUCGUCCGGGUGCGGGUCGAUUAUGGAAUGGGAGAGUGUGGAGGAGAAUGAAUUGAAAGGUCCGUCGGGUUUUUCGUUGCUGGUUUAUGCUUGGAAGAGUUAA